GAAUGGACAUCACCAGGUGACGUAACCUUGGCAGUUUUAAGCAUUUUUCUUCUCUCCUCGUUAGCUAUGUGCAGCAACGCUUUACUCGUGAUAUCCAUCUAUCGCUUCAAACGCCUGAAACAUCCGAGUAAUUAUUUAGUGCUCUCACUAAGCUCCGCUGAUCUCGGAAUCGGACUUGUUCUUCCAGUUGCUCUUUAUUUUGAGCUCUGUCGUUCUAAAAUAGACACAGCUCUUCUAUGUUUCGUACCAUUUUCUAUUCUCAUUCUACUCUGUAGCGUGUCCAUUUUGAGCGUGACAGGAAUAGCGUUAGAUCGUUACAUUUCUCUCGCUUCUCCUCUUCGCUAUAACAACAUCAUCACUGACCGCACCAUUGGCAGGUACAUUAUAGGCUUCUGGGUAUAUUCUUUCCUUGUUAGUUGCACGCCUGUCUUAUGGUGGUAUUUUAUUCGCCCCGAGAAACACAUGAUAGCUUGCAGCUUUAACUUAAUAGGGUAUCAAGUAAGACUCUUUCUUUUCUUUUCACUUUUUGCACCAUGCUUAUUUUUUAUUUUCUCCAGCUAUGCUUACGUGUAUGUAAUUGCCAGGUACCACGCACGUGCUAUAUUUUUAGUGGAACUGUCCUUACGUCGCCAAACUGGGGAAGUUGAAACAGAGGCCAAAUACGGACGAACUUUAGCAGCGACCACAGGUCUAUUCCUUGUCACGUGGCUUCCAUUCCAAGUGUGUAUGUUAAUUGACAUAUUCCAUAAUACCGAUAUACUAACGGGGAAAGCUACUUUUUAUCUGGGUGUCCUAGCAGUUUCAAACACCUGCAUUAACCCGUGGAUCUACGGUUAUCGGAACUCGGAAAUUAGGUACGCCUUUUCGAGGACUUUGGAGGAAUUUGCACCAAAGUUGGGCUACAUUCUGAAGUCUUUAGUUCCUAUCAAAAAAUCCUGUGCUGGGAUGCCAAGCUAUGCUUCUAAUAUCCGCUUAUGUCAUUCACCUAAACUUGUAGUCAACGCUACAGAAACUACUCAUACGACAUAUCUGCAUCCUCCGGAAACUACCUACUUGACAGAAACAAGCUUUCUUGCACGGAAUUCUGCCAACUCUGUUACAACUACGGUAGUUAGUUUGUAGAAAAACUGUAUUUAUCAAUAACUUUGUAUUGUUGUAUACUGAAAAUAAAAAAAAAGACCUUUCUGGAAAACAGAAUAGAAAUAUUCUGCCCAGAACGUUCGUUUUUUUAAGUCUAAGAUCCUAAUGUGUAAAGAAAUAUAUAAAUACAGAAACUAUAACACACAGCAGUAUCUUUAUUAUGUGGCUUGAUAGUGUAUGACAGGAAAUGGCGACGUCAUGGCAGGAAACGAUGGCGAUGAUGGAGAAGCAUGACAUGAAGAUAUAGGAAGGAAA